UUUUGAAGGCGGCGGCAGGUCAAGUGGCGGCGAGAUAAGAAGUGAUCGAUCCAAAAAAUCAGGGUCAAUUGAUCGAGCUUGCCAAGUGUGGGCCAUUUGAUCAAUCAAGCAAAGUCAUAACCAUGCAUGCAUCUGUACAAGAAAUUAAAAGGAAUCUCUAGAGACAACUCUCUCUCUUAAACCUUUGUUCGUCAAUGACGCUAAUAGUACACAAGAUCUCCCGAGUCAACCCAGCAACAAACUCGCCUCAUGACUCAACCGGCUCGCUCGUUCUCCCACUCACUUUCUUCGACUUGAGGUGGUUAAGUUUCCAUCCCACCGAGAGAGUCAUCUUCUACAAACUCAACAAAGACGACUCAUCUCGCGAGUCCUUCUUCUCCGUGAUCCUCCCCAAGCUUGAGCUCUCCCUCUCCGUCGUCCUCCGUCACUACCUCCCGCUUGCAGGUCGCCUCACGUGGGACACACAAGAUCCUAAGCCACGCAUCGUCGUCUUCCCCGACGACUACGUCUCCUUGACAGUUGCGGAGAGCGACGCUAAUUUUGCACGUGUUUCCGGAAAAGGGCUACGUCCCGAGAUGGAGAUACGUUCUCUGGUUCCAGAGUUUCCAGUUUCUUGCCACUCGCCGUCUGUUCUUUCUCUGCAAGUCACAUUCUUUCCAAACCAAGGCUUCUGCAUCGGCAUAGCAGCUCAUCAUUCUGUUCUGGACGGUAAAACAAUGAAUAUGUUUAUCAAAUCAUGGGCUCACAUCUCUAAACAUGAAACCACAUCUUUGCCCGAAGAUCUGACACCAUUUUUAGAUCGAACGGUCAUCACUGUUCCUGCUCUUCUUGAAGCAAAAAUCUUGGAACUUAUGUCGUAUCUAUCACAAGACAAAAACAGCUUAAGAUCACUGAAGCUGCCUCCUACGGAAGAGAUCAGACCAGACCUAGUCCGGGUCACGCUCCAAUUAACUCGGGAAAACGUCAAGAAACUUAAGGAGCGAGCCAAGAGCGAGUCAACUCGCUCUCAUCUUGAACUUCAUUUGUCAACGUUUGUUGUUGCCUAUGCCUAUCUGUGGACAUGCUUAGUGAAGACGCGUGGUGGUGACAUGGAUAGACCGGUGCGUUUCAUAUACGCCGCUGAUUUCAGAAGCCGGUUAAAUAAACCGGUGCCUGAGAAUUAUUUCGGGAACUGCGUGUUCCCCAUUGGUUUCUUUGGAUAUAAAGCAGGGCUGUUUUUGGGAGAAGAUGGAUUUGUCAACACUGUGGAAAUUCUAAGCGAUUCGGUUAGAGGACUUGGUCCAAUUGAGAAAGCUUGCGAAUUGUACAUUGAUGGGACGAAGAGAGUGGAACCGGGCACGCAGUUGGGAUCCAUUUCCGGGUCAAACCAGUUUGGGUCAUACACAUCGGAUUUUGGGUGGGGAAAACCAACUAGAAGUGAAAAUGUGUCCAUUGACCGGAACGAGGCGUUUUCCAUGUCGGAAAGAAGGGAUGAGUCCGGAGGCGUGGAGGUUGGCUUGUGUUUGAAGAAAUCUGAGAUGGAUACUUUUAUUUCUCUGUUUCAUAAUGGUUUGGAAAAUUAAACUUUUUUUUUUUUUGUCGCUUUGAUUAUGCGAUCGUUGGACUCAAUCUCAAGCUGAUUUGGACUCCUUCCUUGACGAAGCGCAUCUUCAAGGCUAUCACACAUUUCCAAUGGUGUUCAUCGGGAUUGGGCUACUUCUUUGCUUUUUGAAAUAUUGAAUAUGCUUCUGUGAUUAUCAAAGACGUUUACAACACAUAUACAUAUAUACAAGAUAU